AUGAGUUCCAAAUCGGAUGUUAAUAGAAGAGUACUCGCCAUUCAGGCGAAAAAGAAACGACAUAAACUUGGUAAGAAGAAAAAUCGUGAAGAGGACCACGGCGCUGGUGGACAAGGAAAUGGGCUGCGCAAUCAAAAUCAGAAUCGUCUUGAACCAACACAUAGUUCCUCCAAUGAAACUAUCGAGGAGGACGAAGAUGAGCAAUAUGCUAGUGACGACGAAGAGCAAGAAGACACUGCCGAUUACUGUAAGGGUGGAUACCAUCCUGUCAAAAUAGGAGAUCUGUUCCUGAAUCGCUACCACGUCACUAGAAAGUUAGGCUGGGGUCAUUUUUCAACUGUAUGGUUGUGUUGGGAUCUUGUGGACAAGCGCUUUGUUGCGCUAAAGGUCGUAAAAUCGGCACCCCACUUCACGGAAACUGCUUUAGACGAAAUUAAAAUUCUUAAAGCUGUUCGUGACAGUGAUCCUACUGAUCCUAAAAGGAACAAGACGGUACAAUUGCUUAACGAUUUCAAAAUUACGGGUGUGAAUGGAACCCAUGUGUGUAUGGUAUUUGAAGUGCUAGGUCAUCACCUGCUAAAAUUGAUACUCAAAUCCAACUACAGAGGUAUUCCACGAGAUAAUGUUAAAACUAUUAUAAGACAGGUUUUAGAAGGGUUGGACUAUUUGCAUACAAAGUGCAAGAUAAUUCAUACAGAUAUAAAACCUGAAAAUGUGUUGGUGUGUGUUGAUGAAGCCUACAUUCGUAAACUAGCAGCAGAAGCAACAGAGCUACAUUCCCUAGGCCUGAGGUUGCCGCAUUCCCUCAUUAGUACAGCACCAAAAGAAUUUCAAGAGCCAGUUGUUACUGCAAAGAUGAGUAGAAACAAAAAGAAAAAAUUAAAGAAAAAAGCAAAACGCCAGUCAAUGUUACUUAAGAAACAAAUGGAGCAAAUAGAGGAAAUGGAAGAACAGAAGAAAAUUGAGAAUAAUAGUGAGUCCGCUCCAAUGUCCCAAGAUAAUGAUGACUCCCCACAAACACCAGAAGAAGCAAGUGUUAUAGAAACAACACGGUCUGAGAAUGAAUCUAAUGUAAAUGGUUGUGCUGACUUACAAAGACCUGAUGACGAGGCAUUUGACACUGAUGCUGAAGCAGUACAAGUAAGACAUAAACAGUAUAACUGUGGUGACGAUGCAGGAACUCCCAUGUCUGAAGGGGAAAUGACUGAUACACCUCCCUCCUUCAACUCCCAAUCAAAAGGCAAACAGGUUGAUAAAACACCAGAUCCUGCAUUUGAUGUAUGUGACUUAGAAGUAAAAAUUGCUGAUCUAGGUAAUGCCUGUUGGGUUCAUCGACAUUUUACUGAAGAUAUACAAACUAGGCAAUAUCGGUCUUUAGAAGUACUUUUGAGUGCAGGAUAUGGUACAUCAGCAGAUAUUUGGAGUACUGCGUGUAUGGCAUUUGAAUUAGCUACCGGAGACUAUCUUUUUGAACCUCAUUCUGGCGAUGGUUACAGUAGAGAUGAAGAUCAUCUUGCCCAUAUUAUUGAACUACUUGGUGAUAUACCCAAGCGAAUUGCAGCAUCUGGUAAAUAUUCCAAGGUUUUCUUUAAUAAAAAAGGUGAAUUAAGAAACAUAACAGGGCUAAAACCAUGGGGCUUAGUGUCUGUACUCACUGAUAAAUAUGAAUGGAGUCAGAAAGAUGCAGAGGAGUUUGCUGAUUUUUUGAAGCCUAUGUUAGACUUUGACCCUAAUAGAAGGGCCACUGCCUAUGAGUGCCUUCAACACCCUUGGUUGAAAAAGAACCAACCAGAACAAAAAGAGUCCGAGGAAUAA